AUGGCAGCAACAUUAACCACGUGUUCACAAUGUGUUACUUAUAACGAACAGCUGAAUAGCAAAGCAAACGAAAUUAAGAGUCUGCAAGAAAAUGUUCUAAAACUAGCUCAUAAGCUGCAGGAUGAAAGCAGAAGGAAGGAAGAAGUGCAGGAACGCCUGAACGACAAGCUAAUCAGGCUCAAUGAUUAUGCCAUCAAAAUUAGGAGUCUUGAGGAACAGUUGCAAUCAGCAACCGAUGGUCGUCCGAUCAAUGAACUCUCUCGCGCUGAAGUUGAUAGUAUCAUUGGUCGAGACCUAGAGCGGAUUCACUCACAACUAACCGAAAAGGAUAUGAAAAUAAUGGCAUUGAAUGAUACGAUACUUGAAAAAGAAGGGCAAAUUAUUGAACUACAAGAAAUGUGUCGUGAACAGGGAGAAGUUGUACGAGCGAAAGCUAAAGCUUUCCAGAUCAUACAGCAAAAACUGCUGGAUUUUGGCACACGAACGACACGCGAAGAUUCCACAGAAACUGAAGCUGCGUAUGUUUUUGAGUCCUCAUUUACUUCACUGUCGUCAUCGCAACAACUACUGAAGGAGCAACAUCACGAUUCCUUUUCGCCUGGACAUGCUGUUAUACAUUUUAAAACAGGUAGCUCAGCUUCACCUCCACCAAUUGAUCCAAGUGAGGAAUGCAGUUCAGUAACCCACGAUAACGGCAACAUACAGGACGACCUUGAUACUGACGAUAUAGGCUGUGCGUCCGCUUUGUACAAAAAGAAACACAGGAAGAAAGUGACUUUCGACUUGUCACCUCCUAAAGAAUUCAGAAGUGGUAUUGGUCAAGAAGAAAGCGAUAUUACACAAGCAUUUAUUGAUGUAACAGUUGAGAAUGACCAAUUGCGACAAACAAUCCAAGAAAUGGAGAAGUGUGCCAGUGAUUCACAGAAUGAUUUGAGUCAGCUCCAAGCACAAUUAGAUGAAAUGCGUCGGGAUAGCCGGAAUCAAGUACUGAAAGCUCGUGCUUCUAUGCAGGGAAAAAUUCGCGAUUUGGAAGAUAAAAUCUCUACAAUAAACGCAGAAAAUGCCAAUAAGGUCGAAUAUUUGAAUGCAAGUAUCGAAGCACUUCGAGCUGAUCGUGAAUGGACACUGAAAGAAAAUGCUCACCUUCUGAAACUUCUUGGUUCCUACAAACAAAAGUUGAGUGAUGCUUGGGAAACACUGGAUGCAGGACAAGAGGUAAGCAAGAAACUUCGUUCGAAGUUGAAUGAUGAUCGAGCUUUGAUUGUUCAGUUGGCUGAUGAUUUGGAAGAAGCACAGCAAACAGCGAAUAUUUUAUUAGAGCAAAAAAUAUCUGUUCUUGAUGAUGUUGAACGAUUAAAAGAAGCUUUAGAAGCUCAAGAUCAAUAUAUUGAAUUGCUGGAAAAAGAUACAAUGAUAUACGAAGAGCAUGUCGGCUUGUUAAGAGAUUCGUUGGGUGCUUCGAAAGCGGAACGAAAAGCUCUGAUAAAAUCAAAGGCUUAUGAAGCAAAACUAAAAGCGAUAGAGCAAGAAAAAGAACAAAUGAAUCGAAGAAGCAAUGGUAAGUUAAAAUUUUUAUGCUACUGA